GUUAUUUGAGCCGGCAUACAUUGCUUUGUGAAUUUGUGGAGAGAUAUUGUGAAGCUCUUGAGGUUAGAGUCGUUACUGAGAAAAGAGCUGAUGAUAACAACUCCAGAUAUGUUAGGCAGCCCAUGACAUCAUUCCCAGCUGAGUCUAUGUUUCGGAAAAUAUAUACCGAUGCCAAAUUUAAAGAAGUCCAAAGGGAGUGCACUAGGCUGCUAUAUGUGACGGGUUUGGAGAAGCGGCAGAUCUCUGAUACAUUGAUAGAACAUGUGCUUGAGGAUAUUGUUUGGUGGAAACCUAAGAAUUCAAGGAAGGAAGUACCCUCUCAGAGGAAACGGGUGUACAAGGUGACAUACAAUAGCAGCACAAAAGAAGCAGAUUGUGAAUGAAGGUACUUCGAUUGCCAUGGUAUCAUAUGUCGCCAUAUGAUUAUGGUGUUUCAGAUGAACAACUGUAGAGGAAUUCCUGAUAAGUACAUCCUACGUCGUUGGAGGAAAGAUGUAAUUAGGAAGCACACUAGAGUGAAAGUGAAGUACCAUGAUCCUAGCAAGACGGAGGUCGUAUGUAGAUUUGAUAAGAUGAUGGUGAAUUUCUCUCCCAUUUGUUCUAAGGCUUCUAUUUGCAAGAGUGCUUCCGAUGUAGUGUUGAAUGGUUUGCAGUUGCUUGAUAUACAAGUAGAAGAGAAAUUGUCCAUGUUAACCCGAAACAGAUCUGUCCUUUUGGGGUGUAAUGGGACACCUUCUUCUGUUUGUUUUGAAAAAGAGGCUUCACCACCUGAUACUGAAAAGCAAGGAAUUUGUGCGAAGGACCUGUUUACACAACUUGCUACCAUAAAGGACCCGCCAAUUCCGAAGAAACCUCCUCACCGUACCACUGCUUCGAGGUACAAGUCUUGUGUUGAAAAUUCGAAAAAACCGGGUAACAAGAGGAGUAGUGGAAAACAAGGAAGUGCUGCAUCUGCUGGGGGCUCUCAAAACAACCUUCAAUCCUCUUUUUCACAGGAACAACAACAUCCAUUUCCUAUGAUGGGUUACAGUCCUCAUUGUGUAGGAGGCAUUCAAAUGACAGAUGGAGAUGGGUCUUUGGGGUAAUUCACUUCGUUGCAUGGGGUGGAGCGGCCUCCUUCUGUUGGGGUUGCUAAUUCUCCAAGUCAGAGGCCUUUUUUCCUCCCCCCACAUCCACAUUAUUUGGCGUACCAACAGUACUAUCAAAUGCAUGGAAUGGCGAUGCAAAUGGGGGGUGGUUAUAUGUCGCCUAAUACGGCUGGUUCUCAGUUCCCGUACAUGGUGAGGCCUGGAAGUAUGAGCGAGACUCCCACCCAUGGUGGGUCCAACAGUACCAAGUAGGCUAACAUUUUAACAAUGCAAUGCUGCCCACCCUUUUUGUGUAGUAAUUCUAGGAUAUGGGUAGUUUUACUAGUUGUAAAAAGUGGUGUUGAUGGUCAAUUUUUUGUAAAGUACAUUGCAUUUCUGCCCACCCUUUUUGUGUAGUAAUUCUGGGAUAUGGGUAGCGUAACAGGUCAAUUUUUUGUAAAGAAAUCUAACUUAUAACUUUGAAAACCAUAUGAUGCUAUAUGGUUUUGCCAUUGCUUUGUAAAGGAAAAUUUAACCUUUUGGGGAAAAUGUGAUGGUCAUGAAUUUGGGCUAGGUUGUUGUUUAAUUAAGUAAGUGUUAAUUUUUUUUUAAUCAUUGAUGUUAUUUGGGCCAGGUUGUUUAAUUUGUGCCAGGUUGUUAUUUGGGCCAAGGUUGUUUAAUUUGGGCCAGGUUGUUAUUUGGGCCAAGGUUGUUUAAUUUGGGCCACAAUUGUUUUUUAAUUAAGUAUGUGUAAUUAUUUUUUUAAUCAUUGAUGUUAUUUGGGCCACGCCAGGUUGUUAUUUGGGCCAAGGUUGUUUAAUUUGGGCCACAGUUGUUGUUUAAUUAAGUAUGUGUAAUUAUUUUUUUAAUCAUUGAUGUUAUUUGGGCCACGUCAGGUUGUUUAAUUUGGGCCAGGUUGUUUUUUAAUUAAGUAUGUCAUUUGGUCCAGGUUGUUAUUGUUUAAGCACUGUUACUACGUAUUUUGUUAAAGGUCCACUGAAACUGUAAAGGUCCAAUUGAACUACUUAAUGGUAUCGCUGACAUUGGUUUUGACAUUGGUUAAAGGUACGAAUGACAUUGGUUACUACCUAAACCCUGGGUAGUCAGUCCAAUUGAAGUAGUUAAUGGUACCACUGAGACCUAAAAGGUCCAACUGGGUGUAUAUUUUAAUUGUUAAGGUCCAACUUAAAAGCUUAAAGAUCUAUCUGAAUUUGUUAAAAGGUCAAUGGGAGGGUGAAAGUUAUUAGGAUCCACUGUAACUUGUUAAGGUUCCAUUGUAACUUAUUAGGGUACUACUCAGUACUUGGUAUUAGUGAAGUAAGGGU